CCUUGAGCGCCUGUGUGUCAUUGUGACAAGUGAUUGUAUCAACAUAACCUAUAUACGGCGUGAAAAGUUUUACCCGGUAUUGCAUUUUGUUCUCUGUGAUUUUAAUAUAUAGGGUUUACACCCGCUUUUUCAAAAACCAACUGCAUUAAAUGCAUUGGUCGAUUUCCUUAUUUUAUAAAGAUGAAGGAUAUUAUUUACCAAGCCCUGUCGGUGGUAUUCUUCGUUUUGCACAUCCAGGAUGCAGAUUGUUUUAUACCCCUGAUUCCAUUAGGAUUUACCGGAGCUGGAAUGGCAGGAAUUUAUGCAGGGUAUUCUUACCUAAAAUGUAAAGUAGCAGAAUGCUGCAUUGAUAAAUAUAUACCAGCUGAUACUUCGCGCUUAGACGAUAUGCUUAAAGAGGAACUAUUUGGACAGAAAAUAGCUCAUGAUACUGUACUUCAUGCAAUUAGUGGUCAUUUAUCUCGUCUCCAUCCAGUAAAACCGUUGGCUAUGAGUUUUCAUGGAUUGCCUGGGAGCGGUAAAAAUUUCGUCGUCCAAAUGAUAGCAAAAGCUCUUUUUAAAAAAGGCGAGGACAGUGAAUACUAUCAUUUUUUUAAUGGAAGAGAUCGAUUUCCUCACGAACGACUAGUCGAAACAUACAAGGUAGAACUUCAGAACACUAUUAUCGACAGUAUACAAAAAUGUGAUCGAUCGCUUUUUGUCUUCGAUGAAGUCGACAAAAUGCCAGAGGGAGUCUUAAAUGCACUCGUCCCGAUCCUCGAUUACACGACUUACUUCAGACUCUCCGGCGUAAACAAAAAUAAAUCAAUUUUUAUAUUUCUUUCAAACACCGGUAGUCAGCAAAUUGUGAAACGCUUGCUUGAACUCUGGGAAAACGGAAGGAAACGAGAGGAAACGGGACUUCAGGAUUUCGAAAGUCUGAUAACCAUAGGAGCUUUCAACGAGAAGGGGGGCUUUCACAGAAGUGAUGCAAUUGAAACGAGUCUAAUCGAUCAUUAUGUGCCUUUUUUGCCUCUCGAAGAAUCACACGUUAUCAGCUGCAUUAAACGUUAUUUCCGAGAGCGACUGAUCAAUGAUCCUUCUGCGCAAAUGAUUGAAGAAGUGCUGAGCCACGUAACUUUCGAUCCUCCACCUCACAAUCUGUACUCAAAAGCUGGUUGCAAGAGAGUAGAGCAAAAAGUGGCCAUAAUCGCUAAUCGAAAACAUUCUAAUCUGCGUUGACUCUGAUUAUAGUGAAAAUACUCUUACAUGAUAAAAGUGUUUCGUCUUCGGAAAAUACGUCGGAAACCGAAUUUUAUUGACGAUCUAUGCUGUCGCACAAGAGAAAAUAUCUAACUAUAUAAAUAUAUAAAUAUACGCGUUUAUAUGUGUGCGAUAUUUUUUAUAUAUGAAAAAGUACGCAAUGUAGGUUUUACAAGUUGUUUCUUUUACGGUGAAAUUGAAAAAAUCUCGUACUACUCAUCCCGCUCGACUAUGCUUUUGAAGAAACGAGAUUCGAUUUUCCAGAUAUUACUCUAAUGUGAUUCGUCGCGUUUUCGAUUAAAUGAAAAGGGGCUGUAAAGCUUCCGCUUGCUGAAAGCACCGGACUAUUUUUUCUACUUUUGUUAAUUACAUUUUUUGUACUAAAGUGUGUUAUAUUCUGAGAACUAAAACUUAUAUAAAUAGUAAAACAAAGUAAAAUUUAAUGCUUAAAUAUUUUUGUAUUGAAAAAUAACUUGUUGCGUAGAAAAGGUUUUGAUGAAUAUUGAUUUUUAUAGAUUUGUCGACACUGUUUUAAUCAUUAAUGUUUUAAAUAUUAAAUAUGAAGAAUCAUUUUCUUAUGUGUACUAAUUAAAAAAAGUGUCAUCGAUGAUUUAUUUGGCUGUUAAUAGAUGUUUACUCUACAAAAUCCAGCAAAGCAUGCGUUUUUUAUUCCGAAAACCCAGAAACAAUAUUAAAACACACUGAAACUUGGAUUUAAUCAGUCCGGAUUUACUUCUUUACGAAAGUUGAUGCCCCUGCAGCUUCGUGAUGAGUGGAGCCGCAUGGGCGAAAGGAAGGCAGUACUCAGUCAAACGUAACAAACAGAAUGAGGGACGCGCUCUCAGCGCGUUAGUUGCAUCAUGUUGCGGCAUGCGUCCAAAUUAAACAGAAAUUAUCAAGCGGACUGUCUUCUUUCAUUCGGAUGGUCUGGAUUUAGUUUGAAGGCGACUGCAAGCCAUGUAAGCCCGAAACCGGUAUUAAAUCCAGGUUACAGUGUGUAUAUAUAUAUUAUUAUCAUAAUAUUAAAUUCACGAUUGUAGUAUUUGAUGGUUUUGAUUCUAUUUCUAGAAUUACACAAUUCCUGGUUUAAUUCAAACGUGUGCGCGUGCAGAAAAGAGUGAGAACUAUAUUUUAUAAUUAAGUGUGAUUUGUGAGCCCAAUGAAAUUUGUAAUAAAAACUUGUUGAUAGAAA